CGUAGAAUUCGUCAAAUAUAAUCAAACUAUACGUGUGUUCGCGAACAAAGAAGUGAUUCUAAGUGCAGGUACCAUCGGAUCAUCUCAAUUGUUGAUGCUUUCGGGUAUCGGACCAGCGAAACAUCUUACCAAACUAGGUAUAAACGUAGUCCAAGAUGCGCCUGUCGGCGAGAACCUUAUGGAUCACCUAACUUUCUUCGGAUUAACGUGGACAAUAAACGCAUCGAUAAGUUUAAUAAUACCCGAAAUGGUUAACCCUGUUAAUCCAUACCUAACGGAUUUUUUAAUAAACCGAACGGGACCGCUCACAAUUCCAGGUGGAUGCGAGGCCCUCGGUUUCGUAAACACAAAACGACCAGAAAAAUAUGACGAUCUACCGGAUAUCGAACUAUUAUUCGCUGGUGGUACAAUUAAAGAAGAUUAUAUUAUUCCAAAAAUGAUCAAUUUGAACAAAUAUAUACGUCAGGAAUGGGCCAAAUACGCUGACACGUAUGGUUGGAGCCUUGGGAUAGUAGUGUUGAAACCAAAAAGUCGUGGACGGAUAACGUUAUUGGCUAAUGACAUUAAUGUUAAACCAGAGAUCGUACCGAAUUAUUUCGAUGACCCAGACGAUAUGAAGACAAUGAUUGCUGGGAUUAGAACUGCGUUAAGUAUUGGUCGGACAAAGACGAUGCAAGCGUUCGAUUCUCAAUUGUUGAACAUUACUUAUACGGAAUGCAACAAUUACGAAUAUGACUCUGAUGCUUAUUGGGCAUGCGCGAUAAGGAUAAUGUCUUCCACGCUUUUUCAUUAUUCUGGGACUUGUAAAAUGGGACCAAGAGGAGAUCCAACUGCUGUCGUUGAUCCUAAAUUAAAGGUGAUCGGUAUUCAAGGAUUACGAGUGGCAGAUGCGUCCAUUAUGCCCGAAAUUGUAUCGGCCCACACAAAUAUACCUGUUUUUAUGAUUGCUGAGAAGGCGGCAGAUAUGAUCAAGGAAGAAUGGGGUUAUUUAAAGAAGUCACGAUAGAGUCAGUUCCAGACCAAAUAAACAGCGCAAACGGACACAAAUAAACGAUUCAUGAAUAACGCUGCAAAUACAAAUUAAUCCAAAUAUAUUGGAAAACUCAUUCUCCUCUUGUCAUUACAUCAAAAGAAAAACGCAUGUAAAGUCUAAUUAAAAGAAAAUCGUAACAUUCACACUAUUAUCUAAGCAUUCUAUAUUUUGGGAGCUUUCCAGCAAGCGACAAAGGUCGACAUUAACGUCAUUCUAUCUUUCCUUUUUGACAAUGAGUAACAAAGACAAAACGGCACUUGUGUCGCUUGCUGAAAAGCUCCCUUUAUAGUUUAAAAUAAUCGGCAAGUAUUUUUUGCAAAUAUUUUGCAAGGUUUUAAAAUUCUUAAUAUUUUAUAAGUUUCUUUCUACUAUCACAUUGUAUUUCUUCUUAGUUAUUUUCAUAAACUAAAACAAAAUUAAAAUUAUUUUAGUGAAUUCUAUAAAAAAAUACUAUUUUAUUAAAUUACAUAAAAUAUUUUA